UAAGAACAUCUUACUUUUGGCCGAUUGACGACUCGCUAUACAGGUUCUUGCCUGAACAGCUCCAGCUUCGAGAAACUGUCUUCAACUUCUGCCAAAAAGAGUUAGCGCCGAAAGCGUCCCGAAUUGAUCAGGAUAAUGAGUUUAGAGAGAUGAGAACGUUUUGGAAACAAUGUGGAAAUCUUGGUCUGUUGGGAAUGACAGCACCGUCAGAGUAUGGAGGUACAGAAGGGACAUACUUAGAUCACGUGUUGGUUUUAGAAGAAAUGGCGCGAGCCUCUGCAGGAGUUGCGUUGAAUUAUGGAGCCCAUUCAAACCUCUGUGUCAACCAGCUAGUCAAACACGGCACCAAAAUUCAAAAGGAAAAAUAUCUUCCCAAAUUGAUUUCGUGAGAAUUUGUUGGAGGUCUAGCAGUGAGUGAAGUAAACAGUGGGUCGGAUGUGGUUUCUAUGGUAACCAGAGCGGAAAAACAUGGCGAUCAUUAUGUUUUGAAUGGCAGUAAAUUUUGGAUCACAAAUGGACCAGAUGCUGAUGUGGUUAUUGUUUAUGCGAAAACAAAACCAAAAGCAGUGAAACCCAAGCGCAGCAUAAGCGCUUUUAUUGUAGCGCACAAUUUCACAGGUUUUUCCUCGGGCCCAAGUCUAGAUAAGCUAGGCAUGAGGGGCUCGAAUACUGGCGAACUGAUUUUUGAAAACUGUAAAGUCCCCGUGGAAAAUCUUUUUGGCGAAGAGAACAAAGGUGUUUAUGUGUUGAUGACAGGACUUGAUGUUGAAUGGAUUAUAAUGUGUGCAGGGCCAUUAGGAAUAAUGCAGGCGUGCUGUGAUUGCGCAUUUGCAUACUCACAUCUGCGAGAGACUUUUGUACAGAGGAUCGGCCACUACCAAAUGAUUCAGGCCAAACUUGCAGAUAUGUACACAACACUGAAUGUGUCGUGGUCGUUCGUGUAUAAUGUAGCUCGGGCCUUGGAUAGUGGAGAGCGCCAGCCAAUGAGCUGUGCGGCGUCAACGCUCUUCACAGCAGAAGCUGCGACUAAAAUGGCGCUGGAUGCCAUUCAGAUUCAUGGCGGCAAUGGCUACAUCAAUGAUUAUCCUGCAGGCAGAUUUCUACGCGAUGCAAAACUGGCUGAAAUAGGAGCAGGCACAAGUGAAAUCCAACAGAUCGUAAUUGCAAGAGCCAUCAGUGCCUUCUACAAGUAAUUAUAAGCAAGGCACAAUGAGAUACAGAAAUGUAACUCUCCUACAAGCAAGCUGAUGGAUGCUGAGCUGCAGAGGAUAUGACCUAAAGUGAUGCAAAAUGGCAACUUUUACCCAUAAAAUGACAGUAGAUGUUGACCAUCGCUAACUUGCUUAAUUUUCUCGAUUGUUAAAGUUCUGGUGACUAUUUAAAGGUGCUUUAGGGUUAAUUUGGAUAGAAAGAUGAUACCCCAGGGUGUUUAAAAAGGGCAAGUAGCAGGCUGCUGACAGCUGUCUACUGCUGUCCCUGUAGCUGCCUACUUUGGAUAUUUUUAGUAUUUAAAUCAAUAGUGAUUGUGACAUAUUUACUUUCAAUUCAUCCGCCUACUUUUGAACUUGGAUCUCCGUCUCCAACUCUAAAUGAAAACCCUGAUACCCUACCGGAAAAAUGUAUGUUUCAGCAUCUAAAAUAAUAUUUUAUGACAUUUAUUUGCCUGUAGAAAUGCACCUUUGUGGGCGAAAUGUUAGGUCAGGUAGCAUAUUUGGAGUGAAGGGACAUCACAAGGGGCAUAAAUAUUAGCAGAAUUUCAGUCUAUUGGUCCAUACUGUCAGUACAUGUAGGAGAGCUGUGUACAGUACUGUAUCUAGGUCAGCUGAUUUGUUUCCAGUGUUAACUAUUAUGCAUAUUCAGUAAAAUGGGGCUAUUUUUGGUGCUUGACAUUAUUUUAAAGAUUAUAACGUGAGGAACAUGUUGUAUUCCAAAUUUUGACUACAUGCACCAUAUAUAUAUAUAUAUAUAUAUAGGCAUAUUUCAUUGGAAUAUUGAUAAAAAUUCCAGUAUUUUGUCAACCUGCAUUUAAUUCCACCCACAUAAACAAUAGUAUUCAGUUAGUACUUCUUGUUAUAAGUUUU